AUUGAUCAGUAGGCUUUGGGUGUCAAUUGGAAUACAAACAAAUUUCCGUUGCGUAGAUCGGUCAUUCCUAAAAUUACAGUGAAUUUUUCAAUAAAUUGUUCUACACUCUAGCAACGAUAACUCAAACCUUCACUUAUGUCUUUUGCCUCGCAGAGAACAUUUUUGUAUGUUCCAUUUCGUGGUGAACAACCCAGACUACCAGAUCGGAAACGCAGUGAUGGAGCAUUGAAAUCUUACGAAUCUUGCACCGACUGGAGGGCCUGGACACUGGAUACUCUUCUGGCGUCACAAUUCAUUCUGGAUGUAGCUCAUAAAUCGCGCCCUUGGAAGAUGAUCCCCCGUCCAAGCGGGGACUUUGAACUGACCAGGGAUUACUUGCUUCAGCUCGAUGUUACCGAGCUGACGGACUAUGUGCUGAGUUUAAUGACGGAGCUCAAAUCGACCAAAGCGGAAGCUAGAAAAUUGCAAGAGAGUCGACUGGAACUUGGACAGCAGUUGGAUUCGGUUCAAAAGUUAGCAGACACAUGCGAACAGCAGCGGGAAGAGCUUAUUCUUAUUCAGCAACAAUCGGCUGUAAGGUUGGAUUCGGAACAGCAACAACAAGAACUGGCGGAUCUUAAAACGAUCAUCUGCAAUUUAAAAAGUAAAGCGAAAGAGUACGACUGUGUGGUAAAAGAGAACCAAUGCUUACGGAAGAAGUUGAAAACUGCAUGUGAAGAAAAUUUUUCGAAAACGAACAAAUCUGGUGGUGAGAACGGCUGCGGUGAUUCCAGAUGUGUUAAUUGCGAUAGGCUCAACGCCGAAUUGUGUAUUUAUCGAAAUCAGUACAGUGAUUUGAUGCAACAAAAGCGCACACUUAUGGAGCUAGUUCAGAAAGGUCGCAUUGCACAAGAGAAUGUUUCGGAAUUAAAAAUUCAACUGGAUAGGGAGCGGUUCAAACGGGAGAAGAUAGAAAACCAGUUUAAGAAUGCUAUGAUUCUACGUGAUGAACAGAUGCGCGAACUCAACAGAAAAGAAAACUACAUUGCCAUGUGUAACAAACGGCUUGAGCACAUGGAACCAGGCUGGAGCGAUUCAAUGUCAAAGAUAGAGUUGAACGAUGUUCUACAAUGUUGUAGCCCCGUCAAUUUUACCCAACUUUUUUGUGUCAAUAUCCCUGAAACGAGUUGGAAAAGUCUGGCAGUAGACUCAGUUGUAGCAGAAAAGUAAAAUAUUGGAACUUUAAGCGCGUCUGAAAAAAGCAAUGGCUUUAAAAGCCACUGUUCAUAAGGAAAAGAAUUACGGCUUGAGAAAAUUCAAAACACACUGUACCAGCCCGUAAUGCGAAACGAUGUCUGGAGGCAAAACAAGAGAAUUUGCUGAUGAAAUACAAUUAAAUCAUUUGGGAUACUGUUAGGCCGCCAUCCGACAAAUUAUUGGGUAACAUUUUUACUUUUUCAAUCGGCAGAAUGCUCCGGGAGUCUGUAAAAAAGAAAACAAACUUGAACUUCUCGGGAAGCAAUUGGAAAGCAAUCUGUAGCUGCGGACCGAAAAGUGAAGUUUUCUUAACUUUAUUAUUUGUUAUCAAAAGGAAGCCCGUCCGAGAGAUUCCUGUCUUAUC